AUGAACUCCAAGAACCCCAUGAACCCCAUGAACCCCAUUAACCCCAUGAACCCCAUGAACCCCAUGAACCCCAUGAACCCCAUGAACCCCAUGAACCCCAUGAACCCCAUGAACCCCAUGAACCCCAUGAACCCCAUGAACCCCAUGAACCCCAUGAACCUCAUGAACCCCAUGAACCCCAUGAACCCCAUGGAACACAUGGACCUCAUGGAACUCAUGGGUCGCAUGGAACCCAUGGACCUCAUUGAACACCAUAGAUCCCGUGGUCCCCCAUACACCCCAUGGAACCCAUACACGGCGAAAAAUGACCCAAAAACGAAAAAAAAUCGAUUUUUCAAAAAACUUUCAAUAGAGCGCGCUUACUUGAAAAACCAAUGUAAUGAAUAA